AUGAAGGAAAAACAGCCGAAGUCUGUCAUCACGGACGGUGACCUCGCCAUGAAGAGUGCGGUUAGCACAGUUUUUCCCGGUGCACAUCACAGGUUGUGUAGCUGGCAUCUGUUAAGGAACGCCACUGCUAGAGUUGGACGGCCGGAUUUUCUUAGGAAAUUCUGUCUAUGCCUCAUGGGAGAUCUAGAGGUUGACGAAUUUGAGACAAUAUGGACAGAUAGCAUGGCGGACCACGGGUUGGAGGAUCAUCCGUGGAUAGUGGAUAUGUAUGCCAAGAAGCAUUCAUGGUCCAAUGCCCAUAUCCGGGGGAAAUUCUUCGCAGGACUGAAGACGACAUCCAGGUGCGAGGCUUUGAAUAUGCAGCUUGGAAAAUUUAUACACAACAGGUACAAUCUGAGGGAGUUUGUUGAGCACUUCCAACACUAUUUAGAGUUCAUGAGGAGGAGAGAACUAGUGGCAGACUACAAGUCUGCGUAUGGAGAGCCUGUUGUGAAGACGAAACUCGAGGCUAUUGAGCAGUUCGCUGCAACAGUUUAUACAAAAGAGGUUUUCGAAUUGUUUCGGGAGGUGCUGAUGCUGGCCAGCAACGUUAGAGUUGUGUCCACCAAGAGGACGAGCACUUGUGUUUUGUUCAAAGUUGCAAUGUACUGCAAGCAGAGAUCAUGGGCCGUGUCGUGGGCCGAGGAAGACGACGAAUUCAGCUGUUCUUGUCAGCGGAUGGAGUCCUUUGGGCUUCCUUGUGUCCACAUGGUUGGGGUUAUGGUUUAUCUGAACAUGACAGCUAUCCCCAAAGGCCUAAUACUUGACCGGUGGACAAAGAGGGCUAAGCAACCGCGUGCACACUGCGACGGAACUCGUGUUGGGGAGAUCCCAGAAGCGGCAUACAUGAGCAUACACGCGGUGAUGCUGGAUGAUUGUAGGGAGCUGGUGAGCCUGUCUUGCCGGUUUUUCGAGGACUACGUUGACGUGAAAACAAGGUUGGCAAAGGAGUGUCAAUCCCUGCGGGACAAAUAUCGCCAAAGGUUGGGUGUUGCUGAGGAGGUCAGCAGGGUGUCUGUUCGGGACCCGAUGCGGCCAAGGUACAAAGGAUGCGGUCGAAGAGUUGUCACCUCCCGGGGAAAGUUUCGCCGUGUUCAAAGGUGUCGACUGUGUGGAAAGGGCGAACACAAUUCUUGCAAGUGUCAACAAUCGAGUACGGGGGAGAACAUCGAUAGUUUUGAGGCUGACGCGGCUUACGAAAGCAUGAAGGCAGGAGAGGGGGUGAGGAGUACUACAAAUUUGAGUGAGCUGGCUGAACCGUUCUUUUUGGCGGUUACGCAUUGA